GAGAUCCAUAUAAAUUAAGGCCUACCUUCCUCCCAUUUUUUUUGCGUCUCUCCUUUUUCCUCAAACAAUUGCUACGUACAACUCACGGCCAUUCUCCAGACGCCUUCUAAGAUCAACAAACCAAACGCGCGCAGCAGAAUGAGGAGUUUGGGAGCGAUUUUGAAGCAUCCAGAUGAUUUGUAUCCGUUGAUAAAGCUGAAGGUGGCUGUGAUGCAAGCCGAGAAGCGGAUCCCGCCGGAGCCGCACUGGGGAUUCUGUUACUCCAUGCUUCACAAGGUCUCCAGAAGCUUCGCUCUUGUCAUCCAACAGCUCGACACCGAUCUUCGUGACGCCAUAUGUGUCUUUUAUUUGGUUCUCCGUGCACUCGACACUGUAGAGGAUGAUACAAACAUUGCUACAGAGGUUAAAGUACCCAUUCUAAUGGCUUUUCAUCGUCACAUUUAUGAUCGUGAAUGGCAUUUUGCAUGUGGUACAAAGGACUACAAAGUUCUGAUGGACCAAUUCCAUCAUGUUUCUACUGCCUUUUUGGAGCUUGGAAGCAGUUAUCAGAAGGUAAUUGAGGAUAUUACCAUGAGAAUGGGAGCUGGAAUGGCAAAAUUUAUUUGCAAAGAGGUGGAGACAACUGAAGACUAUGAUGAGUAUUGUCAUUAUGUUGCUGGACUUGUGGGGUUAGGUUUAUCAAACCUUUUCCACGCCUCUGGAAAAGAAGAUAUGGCCUCAGAUUCCCUCUCAAAUUCAAUGGGUUUAUUUUUACAGAAAGUAAACAUCAUUAGGGACUAUUUGGAGGACAUAAAUGAGAUUCCGAAGUCACGCAUGUUUUGGCCUCGGCAGAUAUGGAGCAAAUAUGUCAACAAACUUGAGGACUUAAAGUACGAGGAGAACUCAGACAAGGCAGUGCAGUGCUUGAAUGACAUGGUUACAAAUGCUCUAAUGCAUGCAGAAGAUUGCCUCAAGUACAUGUCUGCUUUGCGAGAUCCUGCUAUCUUCAAAUUUUGUGCUAUUCCACAGAUCAUGGCAAUUGGGACAUUAGCUUUGUGCUAUAACAACAUUGAAGUCUUCAGAGGUGUAGUGAAGAUGAGGCGUGGUCUUACUGCUAAAGUUAUUGACAGAACCAAAUCAAUGUCAGAUGUUUAUGGUGCCUUUUUUGAUUUCUCCUGUAUGCUGAAGUCUAAGGUUGAUGACAAUGAUCCUAAUGCUAAGAAAACCAAGAGCAGGCUAGAAGACAUUCUGAAAAUCUGCAGGGAUUCUGGAACACUUAACAAAAGGAAAUCGUACGUACUCGGGAGUGAGCCCACAUUCAACCCCACAAUGAUUCUCAUAUUCGUCGUUAUGCUCGCUAUUCUUCUUGCAUAUCUAUCUGCAAACCGAGGAAAUGACAUGUGAUCUGGCUUGACUCAGAAACCUGUCUCAUUUGUUCAAGCAAGGAUGUGCAGGAUCUCUAGUACCAUGUCGGUAUCUUGAUACUUGAAUAGUUGAAUCUACAUUUGCGGCUGUAAAUUACAUUUUCCACAAUUAAUAAUAAGUUAGUGGAAACUCUUGUUGAUGGUACGGAAA